UUUGAGUUUGUUGCGAGAAAAUGAAAACAAAUCUUGAGAAUAUAAAUACUCAAAGCUUUCUUUUAUCUUACCUAUGAAUAAAUCUUUAGGAAAGGAAUAAAUGAAAACAAACAUUUAUAUCGUGAAAUUUUAAAAGAUAAGAGAAAAUGUCGAAACAAAAUCUCUUAUUUCACCCAAUUAUUAGCUCAAUUCAACGAAUUGCUUUAUAUGAAACCAAAGCGAGAUUCUAUCUAAUAGGGUCAAACAACACACAGACACGGUUCCGUGUGCUUAAAAUAGAUAGAACAGAUUCCAAAGAAUUGAUACUUGUCGAUGACAAAGUGGAGUAUAAUAAGCAGGAAAUACAUCAACUGUUGAACAUGAUUGGAUUUGGCAACAGGAGUGGCAGAUCACCUGGCUUUAAUAAGCUUGUGUCAGCAUUCGGAAUUGUUGGGUUUAUAAGAUUUCUGGAAGGUUACUAUAUUAUAUUAGUAACAAAGAGACGUAAAAUUGCUGUGAUUGGUUCACAUUCCAUUUACAAAAUAGAAGACACAGCUAUGAUAUACAUUCCCAAUGAUAACAGUAAGCCACUGCAUCCAGACGAACAGAGAUAUGUGAAAAUGUUCCUUGCCAUCGAUCUAUCAACAAACUUUUAUUAUAGCUAUAGUUAUGACGUCACCCAUACACUGCAAAUGAAUAUGGCGCCUCCAAGAAAGUUGGCACCAGCAUUAUUUCCCAAGCCAGUGACUGCAGCCGUGUAUCAUUCCAAUCUGAGUAAGGAUAAAGAAGAUUGUAUUUGUGAUAAACAAGAUGAUGAGGAUAUAUUUGAAACUUGGAAAACACAGUUGCAAGAGAGGCAUAACAAAACUGGAGAACAAGGCCCUAAACUAGAAUUUGGAGUGCGGAGUGUGCCAGAAUGGAGAUUUGUAUGGAAUAGUCACCUGUUAUCUGUGGUGCAUUCACAGCUUCAUCCAGAUUGGAUUCUUUACAUCAUACAUGGAUUCAUAGAACAGAGCAACUUGAAUAUCUUUGGACGGCCCAUAUAUUUGACUCUCAUAGCAAGACGAAGCAAUAGGUAUGCAGGCACCAGAUUUUUAAAGAGAGGAGCCAAUAUGCAUGGUGAUGUUGCCAAUGAAGUGGAAACGGAACAGAUCGUUCAUGACGCAAUGAUAUCUUCUUUUUCUGUUGGCAGAUUCAGCGCUUUUGUCCAAAUGCGUGGAUCUAUACCCAGCUUCUGGUCACAGGAUAUAUCAAAAAUGGUCCCAAAGCCGGCAAUAAUGAUAGAUCGCAGCGACCCCUUCGCCGAAAUACCGGCGAAACACUUCAACAACCUCAUGAGGAGAUAUGGCGCACCGAUCAUGAUAUUGAAUUUAGUGAAGAAACGGGAGAAACGGAAACACGAAUCGCUUUUGACCGAUGUGAUAAGCAACGCAGUGAAAUACCUCAAUCAAUUCCUUCCACCUGAAAAUGCCAUUCAGUACUUUCAUUUGGAUAUGGCAAGAACGAACAAAGGUGCAGAUGCUAAAGUUCUUGAUAAACUAUCAGCUAUAGCCCGAACAGUUGUCCGCCGCACCGGUAUAUUCCUUAGCGGCAAAGGCUACGGUGAGGUGAUGGGCGUAGAGGGCCACCAGAGUGGACGCUUACAAACCGGCUUAGCGCGGGUCAACUGUGUAGACUGCCUCGACAGAACCAAUACGGCACAGUUCGCCAUCGGCAAGUGCGUAUUGGGGCAUCAGCUGUAUGCAUUAGGUCUUAUCGAAGAGCCAGUGAUAGAGUUUGAUUCAGAUUGCGUGCGACUCCUGGAAGGUUUAUACGAGGAUCACGGAGAUACCCUCGCGUUGCAGUACGGUGGAUCGCAACUAGUACACAGAAUAAAGACGUAUCGUAAAACCGCGCCAUGGUCGUCUCACGGUAACGACAUUAUGCAAACGCUAAGUCGUUACUACUCUAACACGUUCUCGGAUGCCGAGAAGCAGAAUACAAUGAAUCUUUUCCUCGGACUGUUCGUUCCCGAUCCCAAUAGACCAGCAAUUUGGGAAUAUCCCACUGAUUACUAUCUUCACCACCCGGAGACUGUGGUUUAUAUACCCAAUAAAAGGUCUCUCACAAAAUGGUGGGACGACGAAGUGUUAAAGUACCUUCCGCGGCCAACCAACGAGAUGAAGAAACUUUGCUGUGAAAUAAUUGGCAUGCAAGGAGACAGCAGUGCCCUCGAAAUGAUCGAUCCCUACCAUGAGUACAACAGGCCUUUCGAAUACACUGUUUUCAUGGAGUGCUUUGAGUUUAAGAUGUACCACACAUUAAGAGACCUGGCACCCAGUUUUCCGGAUAGUUUGAGUCCAUUCGUGGUGCGUGGACGGACAGCAGGAAUAAAAGGACCUAGCUCUAAAAACCCAGUCAUCAAUGGUAGAUGCAGCACUACGUCGAAUAAUUCUAGCGAUUCCAACAGCGAUUCAACUUCGGAUGACGAUCUGACAAGUUCGAUGCCCAGUUCACGGCAGAACGUAAUAUCUCCAAUCACGAUGGUGGCGAAACUACUGGCGACAGAGGAAACUGAAGAGACGCCAUUAUUUCCUGCCAUCAAACGAUACAAUAGCAUCAAAGUCGACGAGCCCAGUAAACGAGAUAUGUUAUUGUACAGACGUUACGUAAACUUCGAGCGAAGAUCCAAUCCAAGAUACAAGCCAGACAUACACAUUGUAAUGACUGUGAGCAGCGCAUUGACGAUCGACAGCUCAGUGGACGUUAUCCCACCAACCGUCACUAAGGCUUCCAAAGAAUUAUACCACGAAUAUGUCAAACGCACAACUGGAAAUAUUUUUGUACCGUCUGAAUCGGUCGCGCUUUACAAUAAAUAUGUUAAUUUUAGUCUGUAAGUUCAGAAACGCAAUGCAGUGUUUUAUUACCACUAAUUAGAAAAAUCAGCUAAUUGGAUAAGGUAAGGCAGAGGUCGACUAAAUUGGCAGCACGGCUUGUAACCGUAAUUUUAAAUUGGUUUUGCGGUUAACCGUUUAAAGUGUUCUUAGACUUGAAAUUUUAUGGAUGUAGAGGAAUAAAGGUGGCGCCAAUUGCACUUGUUAAAAUGUUUACCUCAUAAUAUUUUAUUGUUCACUAUAUUUGUUUAUGUUUUAUCCUGCUACCCUUAUGUUCAAUAUCACGUUAUUUAGUUUAUUGAUUUAUGUACAACAAAAUCGGCAUUAAUGCGUGUUUUGAAAUAAAGUAUAUUAGAAGCAUAAAAUUCAAUAGAUUUUAUUCAAUGUUAGUUUUAUGAACG